AUGAACACCGGGGUGGGCAUCUGGACCGACGAGGACACGGAGCGAGCAAUGAUUGAAAAUCGCGGGCUCAGCACCGACAAAUAUAUUCGCGGAAGUCGACUAGGCCUCGGCGGCUCUAGCAUCGUACUCAAAAUACGACGGGUCAGCGACGGCAAGGUGCUCGCCGGCAAGUCAUCCAAGGCGCCCGAGGACUUGCGGCGGGAGGCGGAUACACUCAAGCUCCUGCGACAUGACCACAUCGUGGCGUUCGUCGAGCUAUACCAGGAUGUGCUCUCUCCGGGGUCCGACCUCCUGCUCAUGGAACUGUGUCCCCAUGGAACCCUCCAGGCGCGAAUCGACCAAGCAACGCCUCACAUGGCGCGGGGCGAGAUCCUCACUGUCGUGCUGCACGUUGCGCGGGGGCUGGGGUACUUGCACGCGCGGGGGCUGUAUCACUCGGACGUGAAGCCGCGCAAUGUGCUGAUCCGGACGUUUCAUCCUGUUCACGUGGUGCUUGCUGAUUUCGCUGACGUCAGGAUAUCUGGGCAGCCGGGCAAGUUGCAGGGCACGCCGGCGUAUUGGUCGCCAGAGAUGAAGGCGAGGGGCGAGCACUGUGGUGCGGCGGACGACAUGUGGGCUUUGGGGGUGACACUCUUGGGUAUGGUCGGGCAAUGGCCGCAGAUGGUGUAUACGGAGAGUGAGCUGGAGAUGUAUCCUGGGAGGUGCUUCGAGCAUGUGUGCGGGUUGAGGGAGUUGAAUCCGGGGUUGGGGAUUGUGGAGUUGUUGAUCGGGCUUUUGGCUUGGGAGGCUGAAGAGAGGAUGACUGCGGAGCAGUGCGUGCUGGCGGUUGGCGAGUUGAGAGGAGAAGAGAGAGAAGAGGCGGAGGAGCUUGGGAUCACAUCGCCCGAGGCGUUUCGGCCCAUGUCAUUUUGGUGA